GGGGCUGCAGGGCCAAUUCAUUUUGGCGGUUCAAUUUCAACAUGGCCGAGGCGAGCGGCGAUAACGAGGCUGUGGAGAAGGCGCCCGAGGGCUCAUCUCCGGGAUCCGUGCCAGUCGACGCGACCAUCUCCAGGGUGAAGCUCCUCGACACCAUAGUAGAUACUUUUCUCCAGAAACUGGUCGCGGCCACGAGCUAUGAGAGAUUCACCAACUGUUAUAAGCACUUCCACCAGCUGAACCCUGAGAUGACAAAGCGGGUCUAUGACAAGUUUGUGGCUCAGUUGCAGACAUCCAUCCGGGAGGAAAUCUCAGAAAUAAAAGAGGAAGGGAACCUAGAGACCGUUCUGAACUCCCUGGACAAGAUCAUAGAAGGCGGCGACGCCCACGGAAAGCCAGCCUGGCGACCCAGUGGAAUCCCAGAGAAAGACCUGUGCAGUGUCAUGGCACCCUACUUCCUGAAGCAGCAGGAGACCCUGUGCCGCCAAGUGCGGAAACAGGAGGCUAAGAACCAGGAACUGGCCGAGGCCGUCCUGGUCGGGCGCAAGCAGGUGGAGGAGCUGCAGCAGCAGGUUCAGGCUCUCCAGCAGGCAUGGCAGGCUCUUCACAGAGAGCAGAAGGAGCUGCUGUCCGUGCUGAGGGCGCCUGAGUGAGGAGCCACUGGGCCCUAGAGCCGAGGACAGUCAUAGCCCUGUGGAGCCAGCUCCCAGGCAGAAACGGAGGCUCCUCAACCACUAGGUUGGGGGCAUCCACACACUACCUUCAGAUUCCUGCUGCCAUCUUCUGCCUGCAAGGCUGGGACUGCCACCCUGGGCUUCAGACACCAGGCUUUGUCUCCUGGACUUGCAGCCAGCACUGCCCCAUGCCCUCCUUGGACCAGACUGGGAACAGUGUUUUCAGUCUCCACUGAUUGCCGCCUUGCUGGCUAGCCUAAGGGGUUCUGCCAUGUUCUCCCCACAUCUGUAAAUAAACUUCCCUGACCACACUGUAAUCUGUGCGGAUGCUUCCCCGCCAGGCGUCUGGAGUCUGCAGUUAAGGCAUCAGUCUGGGGGCUCUAGGCUGUUGAUCACCCUGUG